ACCCAACCACAGCCAUCUCCGUCACGAAGAACCCAGGAAAGUAAACAUCGUCUCCGUCGAAAUUCGUUUUGUAGUCACGGUUGUUGAUUUCGUUCUUACGCUAUGCUUUCGCGCGUUUUGUAGUCACGGUUUUUUUUUUCUUUUCGGUUUUAUCAGAAUUAAAGUUUUCGAUUAUGCGCAUGUGUGUAUAUAUAUACAAACAUCAGAUUCCGCAUGAUUUUCUUGCCGGACAAAUGGAGGAGGCACGAGAAGCAGACCACCGCGAUUCAGCCGAUGAUUCGUUUGCUUCUCCGGCCGGAGAUGCCGUAUGUCACUCGUCUUCUACCGCAGCAGCAAAUGACGGAGUUGGAAUUGGCGGUAUCGGUGGAGGAGCCCUGGCCCGAGGUUUAUCGGCGAUGCUCGACUCCGUGAUUAGGGAUUUCGAUUCCAAGGCCCAGGACACGAUGAGAAGCCAAGACGAGCUCUCGGAUUCUCUCAGUCGACUCAUCCAAGAGCUUGAUCAACUACUGGAAAACGCCCCAUUGCCGUUCAUAGUUCAAAACGCUUCGAGGAUUUCCAGCGUUAGGCAAAGGGUUUCGGCACUGAACUACGUCCUGAAAAAUGUGCAGAGGCGUAUCGAUAACAUCGAUCAGAUGCUCUCAGUUUGCAUCUCACACGUGGAAGAAGGAGCGCAUGAGGAGGCUUAAGAGGAAGAGAAGAAAGAUGAGACAGCGAUCAAAGUAGAGGCCCGGGAUCGUGCAUUCGCGGUUCUUGCUUCUGAUGAACACUAAAUCUUCUCCCCUUUCAGGAAUUUAUCGACAUCCUCCUGAGAGGGACGAGGAUUCUUCUGUGUCUUUUUGGCAAGUCCUGCCUAAGGCCAUGGUUUCUCUUUGUUUCUUGGUGAAUUCUAGUGAUUUGUGUUAAAAAAGUCUCAAGACUUUCAAGCUUUUGUCAACAUGGUUACUGCAGUCAAUAUAUGAAGAUUGUUUCUAAUA